AGGCGAACCACUUUCUAUGACUCGGAUACCAAGAUUAGGCGUUCUCAGAUCAUGACCCCGCCGUUGCUUAUUUUCAACGUCUUUCAACCUCGACAUCAUUCUGCUACAAAUAUCGGGCCUGAGAUGCGCUCUGCGCUCUCGGUCCAUAAACUUUGGUUUGAGUGUCAUGGUAUCCUCUGAUGUAUUUGGGACUUCGCCACUAGGAGACACAAGACGUCAAUUGUUGCACGUUGAUUCUUCAUCCCCCGACCUUCCAUCCCUUCGGGACGUUUUAACGACGAAAGCCACAUCCCAACCUUCUGCACACAAUGGAAGCGGAGCAGAAGCACUUUCGAGGGAUGGACUAUCUGGUUUCAUCUCUGCUCGCCAACUCUAUCCAGCAACAGAAUCGGCGCCAAAGGUUGUUUCGACACCAACGACGGGAUUACCCUGGACAUUAUCCCACCCCGAUGAAGCCACAGGCCUCGCAGAAGAUUCAUCUGGAAACGGUGGAUUUAUUGCUGGAGACAAUGAGCCACCAAAAGAACGAGAGGAACAUAUAGAGGUGAUCAAAAUCACGGGCAAGUCGACCAGAAAGCCUCGCCAACAGAAGGUGUCAAAACAAGCUGCUCCUAAACGAGCCGCGAAGCCUAAGCCAGCGACAAAGAAACAGUCGAGCAAAGCAGCUAGCAAAGACCAUAGCCCUGCAGAGGAUAACGAUGAUGGCAAACAGAAGAAAGUCAAGGCUGCGAAGCCAAGGAAGAAAACCGGCACUAUGAGUAACCACUUUCCACCGGCAGAGGAGUCGAAGGAUUCAGAAAAGGCGAAACAGACUGAUGUGAAUGAACCCCUUCAUCUGGAACAAGCACCUGCACGGAGAUUGGACUGGACCCCUCCAGCUCAAAAGACUAUUGUCGAUAUCGAUUCAGAUUCAUCUGUUUUCAAAAAGUUAGGGUCCUCCGGGGCGGGUCAGCAGCCUGUCUUCAAGAGCCUUGUCGAGGGUUACUCUUGCAUGCAAGAGCCUAACGAAUCGACAUCUCACAGCAUAACGAAUGCUUCAGGCGAAGACUCAGGUUUCCUCAAGAAACGGAAGCGCAUCGAACCAUCAGCCACAAAGGGCACCGAUCCACCUGCUAUGGCACCUGACAAGUCUCCAACGAAGAAGGCCCCCAAAAAGAAGAGGCCUAGGACCAUUACGGAACUUGCAACGGCUGCGUACAGAGUGCCUAGUCAGCCAGAUACUGAGCCGCCAAACGCUUCUAUACUUGACCAUUUCCCCACUACUAACAAGGAGACUUCUCUGACUGAUGAGCAACCAAAAAAUGCUAAGGGCAAAAGUACAUCACGACGGAAACCAUCAAAAGCUGCUAAAAAGAAAGUGUCCCCAAAGCCCGUGCUGUUGUCGCCCAGUGCGGCUUUGGCCCAGGUUGCUAACCAGGACUUUGUCUUCGGUACCUCAAGCCAGCUUGCCAGAGAAGAAUCCCCGACUGUCCUCAGGGAUCUUCAAGCAGCUUUGAGACAGUCGAACCAGCACCAUGACAUAGAUUUUGUCAUACAUAUGAAUAGUGAUGCAAUCGAAUCGCCGCAACAACGAGGUAACCUUUGGGAUGCAGCUGCUCGUGAUACAGAAGGGGAUCUCUUCAAUGUCGAAGUGAUCAAUCUUGCAGAUGACACAGAACUCUCAGAGGUUGGCCAUGUUACAAACCCAUUUGGAUAUCAGCUGGGUGCAGACGAUUCUGUCAUUUGUGUCGAGAGCCGUGUGCUCAAUGAUCAUAUUCCACCUGCCAAGCCUUGCGAUGAUAUGCGACCUGAUGAGAAGGACCUGGCCGACUCAGGAGCUGGCUCCCCGUACUUCUCCGACAGUGAACUGUCAACAAGCACUGAUAUCCAUCGCCCACCGCUAGCACAAACAGAAGUUAGCCAGGCAAAUCAAAUGACGACAGCAGAAGAACCUGAGAGCUUGCCCGAGCUCCCAGCACAACCACCUCGACCCAAUUAUGAAGCGUUCACAGACAUUCGCUUGGCACGAGAAAUAAAAAGGUUCGGAUUCAAACCCAUCAAGCGGAGAAGUGCGAUGAUUACACUACUCGACCAAUGUUGGCAGAGCAAGUCUCGCAUGGGCCAGGCCAGCCUCCAUACCAGCACCAAGUUAUCUUCACCCACCAAAACUACCAGGGCGAAAUCGCCAGCUACUACUAGCAGUCCAAAGAAACCUAGAGGCAGGCCGCGGAAGAACAGUAUUAAUGCCCCUGAGCCCCAAGAACCGCCUCCAUCUGCUCAACCGCCUGAAACCCCCAAGAAGCCUUGUGGCAGGCCGAGGAAAGACAGUUUGAGUUCGGCACCAGGCGCCGCAUCUCCGAGCAAGCCUCAAUCAGCGGCAAAACCAAAGCGGGCGGCGGCAUCACCUCGCCGCAAGAAGGCUACUGCUAAAUCUGUUAUUGAGAUCCCUGACUCCGAAGAUAACGAGAGUGGCUUUGCUUCUUCGCCCGAUACCAACGCUGAACAGAUGUUUUCUUCUCCGCCACCAUUGGACAUGUCCCUUACAACUAAUGAUGGCACACCGCUCACGGCCACCCAGAGCGAUCAAGAGGCGCUGUUGUUUGAUCACAUCACCAAUGCUGUUACAUCUGCCCCACGUACUACUGACCCACAAGAACCGUCCUGGCAUGAAAAAAUAUUGAUAUACGAUCCAAUCGUUUUAGAAGAUCUUGCAGCCUGGCUCAAUACGGGCGAGCUUAGUCGCGUGGGCUAUGACGGAGAGGUCAAUCCGAAUGAUGUCAAGAAAUGGUGCGAAUCGAAAAGCAUAUGCUGCCUGUGGCGAAUCAGCCUGCGCGGCAAAGAACGGAAGCGAUUUUGAUACCAUCGGAUAGCGAGCAUGGCGUUAUUCUUCGACUUUCUCGAACUACCGGCGUUGUUAUCAACAUAGAUUUGCAUUUACUGGCAUAGGUGUUUACUAUACUUCACAGAGCGUUUGAUACCGUUGUCUAGAGUUGUUGUCAUGAGGUGGGGUAGAAACCUGGAUGAGACAGUGCUCACUAUUUGACUAGGUAGACAAAAACGAGCUCAAUGUUUAAACGGCAACAAUGAUAAAUACAAUUUACCAUAACGACGGGGCUGCCCUCCCAGAGAACCAGUUCACAUAUAUACACUUUGAUCCAAUUCGUCGCCAAGUGCGCCUGCGCGGGUAUCAAUUUCAAUUCCUUCGAGAUUCGCUUUGUUCAAUUCUGGUUGCUCUGUGCCCCCUGCGUUCCCUGCCCUGCCCAGACGUCAGGUAACUCCUUCGGACCGUUGAGGUAGAUUUCCAUGGCCCUGCUCGUGUCAGCCUUCGAAUGUCAAGCAAAUCGGCGCCUCUUACACAGAUUCAGGCAUGAUGUCACUUGGUAAUAAGGAAGGGCUUCUCAAGGAUGGUAAAGCUUAUUGGAUACUGUGAGGCCUUUUUUAUCGAGUUUCAAGCCCAUGGAGUCGACUUUGUUUUUGGGAGAAUGAUUCUAGGAUCUUGGGUUCGGUGGUGGCUACUUUAUAUUUCGAACUAGUGGCUUUCACCAUGGCGGAUUAUCUUCUUUGGCUGCAACACAACAUCUCCAGGAUCCAGCCUCGAUAGUUCGAUCAUCAGCUAUGCUACGGGACACCAAUGAUAUCACACCACAUCAGUUUUGCGGCUCUGCUGCAUCCAGCUGCUCCAGUAGCUGCUGCGAGAGCACACCAUCACGGAAGAAACUGUUGUAUCCUGUGUAUGCUACCGCGAUAGCGUGCAGCCUCUCCCUUCAUCGGUCUAUCCACAAGGCAUCGGAUGGUGUAGAUGGCGCGCCAAUGACGGACCUCGGUUCUCCCUUGCGGCGUUGGAUAGGUAGCCCAAUCUGGGGCAGAUGAGUCGGUUACGUGGUUGGCGCAUCUCGGCCAGGAUCCUUAUCGGGGAGAAGGACGCGGUGUGUCUCUCGUGACCUCGCAGAUCAUGACAGCUCAUCCAACAUCUCGAAUACUGCAGCUAAAGUUCUGGCAUCUGUGUCCUGUCGUGAAGCGCAAUGGAACCAGUGGAACCUGGGCAACAGGUCUAUCCUUGUGUCUUCAUUCGCCAGAUUGGGGUCUCCAUUGCAUGGUCUGGGGAAGUUGUGCUCGCAAUCGAAAACUCGCUUGCAUUUCGCCAUCUGCAUCCAAAGUCAUGCCUCAAAGUUACUCCAGGCUUUUGGCGCUCAAACCCCGCCCACGGCCCGGCUUGCCAUAUUGGAACCCUGAAACUUACAUGCAUCGAGCCAUCCCACACAACCAUCCCUCUUUAAGCCGACGAAUCAACCAUCAAGAAUCCUUGGCAUCACCACGACCUGGCGGCACGGAUUGGCCUUUCCUGCGGGCAUCUUUGAUCACAUUUUCCUAGCUGUGGCAAGUUGAGGCUCUGCGUCGAUUAUCUUUCGAGAUUGACGCCGUGAUCUCACCGAAUUCAGCAUCUCGAACCGUCACUCACCAUGCGCGUUAUACAGCUGUUACAUGUUCAUCCCUCACUGGUAGAAUGUAGAGUGAAGUGGGAUUCUUGAACUACGAUCCUAUACGGAAUCGGACCUCCAUGCUGCACCAUUGAGCGAGAAUCGCGCCUGCGCAAGGGAAAGUGGUAUUACGCUGGAGCUCAUGGUAGCUGAAGGUGUGAGGUCCCUGUGACUGAGCUGACACCAAAGGUUGCGUGGGUGCGUUAGCUUGAAGAGCUAAAGCGACCUGAUGGCGGCCAUGAUCUGAGCCAAUAUUACAAUGACAACACGGGGAGUAUCAAACAAAGGAGCCACAAUCCUUUUAUCGUAACGUCGCCGGCCCCGUUGCGGCCCUUUGGCCUUGGAGGAUGCCAGGCCCUGAUUCGCUUCCCGUGCCGGAGCUAGUGGGGCCGGUCCGCAACGGUGCCUAUUUCAUGAUUAUAACGGGCUCCGAUAUCAAUCGUAGAGAAUUUCGUCAAUUCAUGAAAGAAAUGUUGCAUCAGAUCAGCAAUUGAUCGCACUGUGAUGGUCAUUACGGGAGAUCCAAGCUAGAACGCGUCGAUGGGUAUCCCACCAUCAAAGAGAUCAGCUGCCAGUGAAGUCGCAGCCUACCUCAGCGAGAUAAG